AAUCUUUUAUGGUCGCCUUAAUAACGACACCAGCACUAGGAUUAUACGGUUGAUAUCCUAGCUGAUCAUCAAUCAGUCGUCACGUAUUUCCAUUGGCUUCAGUAAUAUUUCCUCCAUGUGAUACAAGCAUUGAUAAUCUUCUCUUGUUUUCAUUUUCUGACGUGCGUGUCGUUACCCUGUACUGCAAUAUUUAAGCCACGAUACGUUUCCGCUGACGGUGAUAAAAAAAAAAUCGGUAAGUUCUCAGUGGGAAACGGCACCGCAGCCAUAUCAACAAUCAUUGCCUGGAUCUUGCAUGGUGCACUGCGUUGACGUCUAAAGCUAAGAUCAGUCACAGAGUACAAACGUAUAGAGUAGGCAUUGUUUUUUUGUGAUUCUUAAUGCGAAUAAUGUUGUGUGUAGCCUAUUGUUUACUAUCUUUUUUUGUUCUUACGUGUUCGCCUAGCAAUGCUUGGGGUACUUAUCCUGGGACUACGGUUACAAAGCCGAAGGAAGGGGCCUACAGUGCCACCUUAACCCCUCUAAUUGUACAGUCUCCCAAUUUAACAUCAACUAAUGUGUUAACUUCAACUUCCGUUUCAACUUGGCCUAGAACGUCAACUGUAUUUUCAACUGGUCAACCGCCAUCGGUUCAAACAACACAGCGUAAUCGUGAACGACGUCUGGAAAACUCGGAUCAGCCAAUGAAUCCCAUCGUUUUUAUCAUUCUGAGUCUGGCUGCGCUCAUUAUUAUCGUGAUCUUGGGAGUCUUUCUAAAGAAAAAAUGUUUAAAGAAACGGAAAACGGAACGGGCCCCGGCAAAGAAUGAUCAUCAGCACCAGGUUGAUUAUAAUAGCUUGGUUCAGUCAUCAAGUUCGGUAGAAAUCGAAUCGCAACGUGAUUACACUUACAAUAACGAAAUUGCGCCUUCAUCUGUCCCCGAUCCUGAGACAAUUAUCAGUCCUGUCUACGCCACAGUUGAGUUCCUUCCACGUUGUUCCAUUGCUGAAGACUAUGCCAACACUUUACGGACACCUGGGUUCCUGGAAGGAGAACCUAUUGUUUAUGCCGAGAUUGAAACACAAAAAGGCGAUUAACCUUGUAAUUCAAAAACCAAAUGUGAAAAAUGUUGUGGAAUCUAAUAAACCGGAAACGUUUUAGUUUGCAAAA